UGAAUUAAUGUUUUUUUUUUCUUAUUACAAUAAUUAUACUUUCAAACUACACAAAAAUUAGAAGCUCCAUUCUUUUUUCUCUUGUACCUAAUCCAUGAAAGUAGUCAACUAAGGAGCGUGAACCGAAAACACUACCACCAUGGGAAAGCUUUUGCUAGUAAUAAACUGCUUCAUCCUAGCUAUAGGCCACUGUGGGGGUCCACUUAUGAUGCGCCUCUACUUCAUCCAUGGCGGAAAACGAGUGUGGUUCUCGAGCUGGUUGGAGACCGGUGGUUGGCCCAUUAUCCUUUUCCCUAUCGCUUGUGCUUACUUGCACCGUUCCAGGACCCAACCCAGUGCGGAAAACAAGCUUUUCUUAAUGAAACCCCGUUUGUUCAUUGCCGCCGCCGUCAUUGGAAUCCUAACUGGCGUUGACGACUACAUCUACGCCUACGGCGUGGCACGUCUUCCGGUUUCAACCGUUGCUUUAAUCAUUGCAUCGCAGUUGGUUUUCACGGCAGUGUUUGCUUUUGUUUUGGUGAAGCAAAAGUUCACUUCUUAUUCCAUUAACGCAGUGUUUUUGUUAACGAUGGGAGCGGGGGUUUUAGGUUUGAAUACGAGCAGUGAUCGUCCUAAGAAUGAAUCAUAUAGGGAAUACGUUUUGGGAUUUGUGAUGACGGUGGGUGCAGCGGCUUUGUAUGGGUUUAUUUUACCUUUGGUGGAGUUAACCUACAAGAAGGCAAAGCAAGAAAUCAGCUACGGCCUUGUGCUGGAGAUUCAGGCGGUGAUGUGUUUGUUUGCUACUGCUUUUUCCACAAUCGGAAUGCUGGUUAACAAUGAUUUUAAGGUAAUUCCAAAGGAGGCAAGAGAAUUCGUGCUUGGGGAAACAAAGUAUUACACAAUUGCGAUUAUGAGUGCAAUAGUAUGGCAAUGUUUUUACUUGGGAGUGAUAGGAAUUAUCUUCUGUUCCUCAUCAUUGGUAUCGGGUAUUGUAAUUGCUGUUCUAUUGCCUGUAACUGAGAUUCUGGCUGUAAUUUUCUACAAAGAAAGCUUUCAUGCCGAGAAGGGAGUGGCGCUUGCACUCUCACUUUGGGGCUUCCUUUCUUACUUUUGUGGGGAGAUUAAGCAAUCCAAGAUCAACAAACCGGCUCUUCAUCUUCUUCAAUCAGAGAUGCCCUCGGUUCCUAAUUGCCAGAUUAGUGUUUAAUGUUUUUUUUUUAUUUCAACAACUAUUUACAAAAUAAGAAAUUUAUCAUAGUUAUACUAUGAAUUGCUUUUCCAGUUU